AUGUGGUAUGCCAUGCUCCUAACAGCCAUAGCAACACUAAUACUGGUUCAUUUUGUAGCUGCAAUGAUAGCUCUUGGUCAUCUAAAAAAGCACAGGAUUGGUCGAUUUGUACCCUUAGUUAUAAUAACUUUGGGUCUCAUUCCAUCUGCUUUGGCAACACUCAUCACUAGUGCUGCCAUAGCUGGUGUCUAUCAAACUUCUGGCAAUUCCAUGAAAAUUUUGUAUGGGGUUGCGUGGGGUGUUGGCCAAACUAUUGUUUUAAUUUUUAUAUCUUUCACAAGGAUUCUAGCGACGUUGUGA